ACCCGAUGUCGCUGGUCGCCUACGACGCCUCCUCCGACGAGGACGAAGCCGGCGACCCUCCCGCCGCCGCCCCGGCCCCGCCCCCCCGCCCCGCCCCCACCAUCGGGCCGCAGCCGAGGCCUCCGUCGCCCUCGCCGUCCGCGCGCGCCGAGCUCCGCCCCCCCGCGCCGCCGCCCGCCCCCAGCCAGAAUGUCUCCCUGCCCACACCAUCAUUUGACCUACCAGACAUUGCAGAUCUUUUUGAUUCCCCCUCUCUCCCCAACAGAGGUUCUGCUGGUAUGGUGGGAAGUUCAUCAAGGAAAAGAGAAUCAAAUGGAUCAGCUAUUCAAGAUCCCCGUAGUAAAUUCCCAAGGGCCCAGUCAGCUCAAUCUCGUGGUGCCAGGAAUGCUGCUGCGAGCACAUUAGUUCCGCCGCAGCUUAGUGGAAGGAGUAACGUUGUUACUGAAGAUAUGGGCAAACUAUUUGUGGCAAGACGCAAAGAUUAGCUCUAAAGUACCACUUCAUUAACCUCUAUCAGAAUCCAAGUGACACCUCAUGGACAGAUGGGCAUGAUUGAGGGAUGAUCGUAACUCAAGAGACUGGACAUGCUCGUUUCUGUGACAUCUAUUUGAUCCCUGUUUCUUUGGUGUUCACCUGCAACAGCAGUACGUGGUCUGUUGUAGCUUGUACCUCUCUUUAGGACAAUCGGAUAUCAUUCUACAGUACUCUGCAAGGAGAACCUAGAUGUCUACUUUAUCAUUUGGUUAGUAGUGGGUGGAUGGAUUAUCGAGAGAAUGUAACUUACAUUUGAAAAAAUAUAGAUGUAUGAUUCGUAUGAUUCAUCCC